AUGCUGGCCAGCAGAGCCAAUCAGGACACCACGGAGGUCUUGGCCAGCAGAAUCAAUCAGGACACCAGGGAGGUCUUGGCCAGCUGAGUCAAACAGGUCACCAUGGAGAUGCUGGCCAGCAGAGCCAAUCAGAACACCAUGGAGGUUUUGGCCAGCAGAGCCAAUCAGGACACCAGGGAGGUCUUGGCCAGCUGAGUCAAUCAGGUCACCAUGGAAAUGCUGGCCAGCAGAGCCAAUCAGGACACCACGGAGGCCUCGGCCAGCAGAGUCAAUCAGGACACCAGGGAGGUCUUGGCCAGCUGAGUCAAACAGGUCACCAUGAAGAUGCUGGCCAGCAGAGCCAAUCAGGACACCAGGAAGGCCUUGGCCAGCUGA